AUGAAAUUUGUUGACAUCCUUGACCAUCUGUAUAUCAAUGUUCCAUUUCUAGAGGCCAUUGAUCAAAUGCUCAUAUAUGUGAAGUUCCUGAAGGAUAUUGUUAUAAAGAAAAGGAAGAUUGAGAAGUAUGAAACUAUUGCUAUAACAAAAGAGUGUUAUUUUGUGCUGAGCAAACUUCCACCAAAGAGAAAAGAUCCUGGAAGCUUUCUCAUUACUCACUCUAUAGGCGAUAAUUACAUGGAGAGAGCCCUAUGUGAUCAUAGGUUUAGUCUGAGUGCAUCCAAGGUGUUUCCACCACGAAAUGAAGUGCCAAAAUAUUACUUGUCAACGAAGGAAAACUUGUGGUUCCCUGAAUCUAAUAAUUACAUUACAAAGAGAUUCACGUUCGAUGCCGAAUCCAUAAACGAUCUAAGGGCCAUUGCUAAAUGCGAUCUCGGGGUUCAAACUUUAUCAGGUUUUAUCUGGAAAUGUUUUAUUGCGGCAUCGUGGACGAUAUUGGCAUCCUCGAAACCAUCUAUAGUUGUUAAAGCUGUGGACCUUAGGCCAAGAAUGAACCCUCCUUUAUUACAUAAUUCGAUUGGAAACCUGUUCUGGUGGGCAAGUUGCAUUGCAGAUAUUGCUGACGAGACCAGCACUGAGUUAUUCGAGUUGGUCAGGUUGAUGCGAGAAUCCGUGGAAGCUUUGGAUGAUGAAUUCUUGAAUUCAUUACAUGGGGAGCAAGGGUUUGAAGCCAUAGGGGACUUAAUUAACCAGCUGGAAGCCAUGUUUUCCUUUGAAAAACCAGACAUUUUGGUCUUCACAAGCUGGUGUAAUUUUAGGAUUUACGAGAUUGAUUUGGGGUGGGGAAAGCCGGAAUGGGUUACUACUCCAUUUGGGGAAGUCGGGUAUGAUUUUAGGAACCUCAUUCUUUUUGCCCGAAGAAAGUGCGGGAAAGGUAUUGAAGCUUGGUUAACAUUGGAUGAGAAAAGGAUUUUUUUUGUUGGGGAAAGAUACUGA